AUGUUUGGCAGGUCUGUUGGUUUGCAUUUAACUCUUGAUGAUUUUCAAAAGGUUAGCGAUGAGGUUCCAUUCCUUGCAGAUCUUAAGCCUAGCGGCAAAUAUGUCAUGGAGGAUGUACACAAGAUUGGAGGAACACCUGCAAUCAUACGUCACCUGUUGGAACUGGGGUUCUUAGCUGGGGAUUGUAUGACAGUCACAGGGAAGACGCUGGCUGAGAAUGCGAACCUGUUCCCUACUUUGGCUGAAGGUCAGCAAAUAAUAAGACCAUCGACAAAUCCCAUUAAGGAAACAGGCCACUUACAAAUAUUAUAUGGAAAUCUUGCACCAGAGGGUUCUGUGGCAAAGAUUACAGGGAAAGAAGGGCUAUACUUCUCUGGUCCUGCUCUUGUCUUUGAAGGAGAGGAAUCUAUGAUCAUGGCUAUCUCAGAAAACCCUAUGAGUUUUAAGAUGGGAAUUGCUGAUGAUCAAGAUGAUAAUUCAAGAGGACAUGAGUACUAA